AUGGCGCUGCCGGCCAGUCUGGUGCCCCUGUGCUGCUUGGCACUUCUGGCGCUGCCGGCCCAGAGCUGCGGGCCGGGCCGGGGGCCGGUUGGCCGGCGCCGCUACGUGCGCAAGCAGCUCGUGCCGCUGCUCUACAAGCAAUUUGUGCCCAGCGUGCCCGAGCGGACCCUGGGCGCCAGUGGGCCGGCCGAGGGGAGGGUGACAAGAGGCUCUGAGCGCUUCCGGGACCUGGUGCCUAACUACAACCCCGACAUCAUCUUCAAGGAUGAGGAGAACAGUGGUGCAGACCGCUUGAUGACCGAGCGUUGUAAAGAGCGGGUGAACGCGCUGGCUAUUGCGGUGAUGAACAUGUGGCCCGGAGUGCGCCUACGGGUGACCGAGGGCUGGGACGAGGACGGCCACCACGCUCAGGACUCACUUCACUACGAAGGACGUGCCCUGGAUAUCACCACGUCCGACCGCGACCGCAAUAAGUAUGGGUUGCUGGCGCGCCUGGCAGUGGAAGCCGGCUUCGACUGGGUCUAUUACGAGUCCCGCAACCACGUCCACGUGUCUGUCAAAGCCGAUAACUCACUGGCGGUCAGGGCAGGCGGCUGCUUUCCGGGAAAUGCCACCGUGCGCCUGCGGAGCGGCGAGCGGAAGGGGCUGCGGGAACUGCACCGCGGUGACUGGGUGCUGGCUGCAGACGCGGCAGGCCGGGUGGUGCCCACACCCGUGCUGCUCUUCCUGGACCGGGACUUGCAGCGCCGGGCCUCUUUCGUGGCUGUGGAGACCGAGCGGCCCCCGCGCAAGCUGUUGCUCACUCCCUGGCACCUGGUGUUCGCCGCUCGAGGGCCUGCGCCCGAGCCAGGCGACUUUGCACCGGUGUUCGCGCGCCGGCUGCGCGCGGGGGACUCGGUGCUGGCGCCAGGCGGGGACGCCCUUCGGCCUGCGCGCGUGGCCCGAGUGGCGCGGGAGGAAGCCGUUGGCGUGUUCGCACCGCUCACAGCGCACGGGACGCUGCUGGUCAACGAUGUCCUGGCCUCGUGCUACGCGGUUCUGGAGAGUCACCAGUGGGCGCACCGCGCCUUUGCUCCUCUGCGCCUGCUGCACGCGCUGGGGGCGCUGCUUCCGGGCGGGGCCGUCCAGCCAACUGGCAUGCAUUGGUACUCUCGGUUCCUCUAUCGCUUGGCGGAGGAGCUGCUGGACUGAGCGCUCCAGGCAUAGAAACCUCGUGGCAUCCGCCUAAACGGGAGUGU